GAAUUUCACAAAACAUGCUAUUUCAUUAAAUAAAUGUUAGAUAAGUUGAUAAAAUCCCCCUAAAUUCAACACAAGAUAAACCACAAAAUUGGGUUUUAUCAAUCAACCACUUGGAAAAAAAAACAAUGGUGAAGCAUAGCGAGUAGAAAUAGAAGCUAUAAGAUUCAGAUUUCUGAAGCGAAUCCUACACUGGCCUGUGAAGCAGGAUAUCAUGGUUCAGCUAGCAAAGGCCUACGACAUCCGAACAAGCACAUUGAAAGUAUAUGUCAGCAACAUUUGCAUUAACGCCAAGUUGAUUGGGCGGAUUUUAGGUAUUUCUUCUGAUGGUGAGUUUAUCUUCCAUAUUAAGUAGCUUUUGUUGUGCCUAGUCGUUCGAUUUCGAUGUUUCUAUCCUACCGAUAAUUGUAAGUAUUUAGAUGUUUCAAUAAAGUAGGCGAUGACUUUUUCCGAGUUCAACAAAAAGAAUGGUGCCCAUGUGGCUGUCAUAGGACAUUUCCACAUAAGAAUGACCACCGAACUGCGCGAUGUCGACUACAGCUGCUCUAUGGAAACUGAAGCAAACAGGAUGGAUUUCUGACGACAUUUCAUUUUAGUGGUCUUAAAGAUGUUCCUAUGCCCAACAAACAAUCUCACCGUGGCACAUACCCUCGAUUCUGGAUGUCUCGGAUCCAAGUAGAUUCAAUUGGCCAUUGAAGACUUUCAAGUGAUUGGAAAAGGCAAUUUAAAAAUAUAAAGUUAAAAAGCACCAAACAUGCGAGGGUUGCAUGUUCGUCCUCUUGGUAUUGUACUUCCAUCGACUGAAACAUGGUCCGCUCGAUGACUUUCAAGAACCGGAGCCAUAGAUCACUGCAUGGACUACUGCUGAACUCAAGAAGAAGGCAACUAAUGUUGUUCUUUCCGAGAUAUGCAUUGCAAACAAAGCAGAAAAAGGUAAAGAACUUAAGGACCGAGCACGUAAGACGCCAACAAAACCACAUUCUAAAGAAGCACACUCAAAGAGAGUACAAAAAACUUCAAUGCCUCCCAUACGAAGCACCAUCGCUAGAGAGAGCAAGGAGGAAUCCACGAAAGGGCAGCCUCGCAAGACCACAACAAAACCACCCUCAAGACAUGGACGCACAUAACAACCGGAAAAGACAGACAGUGGCCCCUAAGCAUGAAAGAUAUGAGGAGAAAGGUGCGCAUUGUCAAAGGAACACAAAAUCAUCUACAGAAGAAGCUGCCUCACAGCACAUGGUGACACUUACAGUAGCUUUCGACUCUGAUAACGAGGACAAUGAGCCAAUUGUUAAGAGAAUGCGCCAACUGUUUCAAUACAUGGGGAACCCACAAUAUCAGAACCUACGGGAUGCCGAAGUCAAUCUCAAUUAGGAAAAAACUCUUCAAAAAACAUCAACCCUGAAGAUCUUGAUCCAAUUACUCCAUCAACGGCAUUGUGCAACUUACAAGAUAUGAUUUUGAAAGGCAAGUUGUUUGUGACAAAAUUUAUUAUCUGUGUCUAUUUGCAUGUUAUGAUUCUAGUUUCUUUAAAAGCAUAAGUGUUUCUUUUAUCUAACAUCAAUUGCAUUCGACGCACUGGCAUGUUAUCUUUACGGUGCCCAGAAAGUGAAGUACUGUGGCAAAUAUUGAGCGAGGUCGGUACACAAAGCCUAUUAGCAUGGAAUCCAUCCAAACUGUGAUGCCGAAGAGUUCAUAUUGCCACGCCAAUCCAAUGCGACCCAACUUUUCUCUUGGAUUGACUCAGCUGGCAAAGACACCCACCCCGUCCCCUAUCCCAUCCGUGCAUCCGAGACUUAAGAAUUUUAAGUUCGACGAGCGUAGGGAGCAACAAGUCUAAAAAUGGAUUGUGAACAUGUCCCUCGGAAACAGCCUUUGACAUAGUACGAAGGUAGACCGUAUCUAGAACUGCUCAGAAAGGAUUUAUGCACGUUGCAAACCUGUCGCUGGGUUAGUGCUGGAAGUUUUUCCACUGAUUCUUCUAAAAAGGUGCAGCUAAUCUGAGGAUUAGGGUUUUUAAAAGGAUUUUGGGGAUUAAAAUGACAAAAAAAUGUAUCCGCCACAUCAGCGUGGUAAGAGUAAGUCCAAGUUAGCUUUCCAAUCACGUCUCAUUGACGGAAAAUAGUUUAGGGACUACUAUGAAUUUCGAAGUGCAAGUUCAAAAUUGAAUAACUAUAAAGUUCGAGAAU